CGGCUCCACUUCCGGCUAGUGGAGGAGUCAUGUGACCUCGCGUCAUGGCGCCCUGCUUGUGGCUGCUCCUAUGUUUUGUCUAUGAUGUGACAGCCACAAAGAUGAAGAUUGUGGAGGAGCCCAAUACAUUUGGGUUGAAUAAUCCGUUCUUAUCACAAACCAACAAGCUUCAGCCAAGGACAGAUCCCGCGCCGGUCUCAGGACCGCCUCAUCUUUUCAGGUUGGCAGGAAAGUGUUUCAGUUUUGUGGAAUCCACAUACAAAUACGAGUUCUGCCCUUUUCACAACGUUACUCAGCACGAGCAGACCUUCCGCUGGAACGCUUACAGUGGGAUUUUAGGAAUUUGGCAAGAAUGGGAAAUCGAGAACUAUACCUUCACAGGCAUGUGGAUGAGAUCAGGAGAUUCCUGUGGAAACAAGAACCGACAGACAAAGGUUCAUUUUGUCUGUGGACGGAAGAACAAGUUGGCUGCGGUAUCAGAGCCGAACACCUGCGUCUACUCUAUGACGUUUGAAACCCCACUGGUCUGCCACCCGCAUUCUCUGCUAGUCUAUCCUACUCUCGGGGAAGCAAUGAGAAAACAGUGGGACGAAGCAGAACAGUCCUUAUAUGAUGAACUCCUCACUGAACAGGGCUACAAGAAACGUCUUCAAGACAUAUUUCGAGAAGCCGGAUACUUGAAAAAGACCUUGCAGCAUGAAAGCGAUGGAAAGCUAGACCAGAACCAGCCUAAGAGCUUUGACUCACUGGAGCAGUGCAGCAAGGCCCACGCCGACUCGUCUGAGGAGAUAAAGCGACUACGAGGCAUUUUGGAAAGGCACAGCAUUUCUUAUCUCAAAAACGGAUCGUCUAAUAUAGAAUCGCAGCCGCGGAGUUUAGUCACACCUACUCCAAGGGGUGAGGAGAAAUAUCAUCUACGUGGAGAUACUGGAGAUCGAAAUGAACAUUAGCAGCAAACCUGCAGCGCUGCUGGAGGACUAAGUAAUUGUAGACUGAUGAUGUCAUCAGAAGACAUUAAGAUCAUUGGCCAAAGAGCAUAACUUUAUUGUCAAAUGACUUCUAAACCUUUAAAGGUCCCUGUCAGAUGAGCGAGGCACCCGGCCUGAUGUUCCAGCACUGCCGGGGUCACAUAGCAUUAUAUUGAUUUAUGAUGCUAUGUAACCCUUACUGUUCUGGAAUGUAUUAGAUGACACUGACAUAAUGCUGUC